CCUUCAAAGACAACGCCUGACUCUGGCUUAUGCUUUACAGCUUAGAUGUUGUGAACGUGGGAUUGGCAUUUUUGCCCGAUGAAAACGUGGCUUUCUGUUUACAUACUAAAGAAGACGACGAUAUCCUGUUGAGGCAAGUAUCCACCACAUCUUUGACCUUCAUUGUAGCGACUUCCAAUCGGUAAACGGUCGAUUAGUACCCAGUCGAACAUGAAGAGUUCAUGAAUGGUAACGAUUGACCAUUAAAAUCAGGAGGUCUGAUUUCGCAACCAUAAUCUACAAACUCUCUGCUGUGUUCUUCGGUGUAGUAGUGAUGUACCUGAUACUUAAUAUCCUUUGGGCGAGGAGUGAGAAUUGUUACUCGGUCUAUUAAAUCAUUCAGUCAACUAAGCACCGAAAGUAAAAGAAUCGCAAAACAAAGAAUACGAGAAGUACGAGUAAAGUGGCUGAUCCAGCGCAUAUAGACCAAAGUAUAGAAAACGUUGGAUUCAUGAAUUGAAGCUGCGCUCUUGCAAAGGCGGAAAAAGUGAGGUUUUAGAUUAACCAGACUGUCACAAAUCAUUAAUCAUUUAAAGUUUUUAGUUCUGAAAGAUUCAAAAUGUUUCUUCACAGUUCUGGUUUAGGAGGUUAGACCUUGGUUACUAAUAGAUUGUAAGUUUGAUUUUCUGUUGUCGAUUGAUUUACCGUGUGCCACAAAUUUGUCGAAUAUCUUUACCACAGCUAAACGUUUAUAGCUGUAUACGUACUUUGUGACGGUAGUCUCCUUUUAGCCCAAGACCGAUCGCAUCCCGGGAUUGCACCCUGACUGCAGCAAAUGAUUAUGAGGAAUGCGAGUAUAACAUUUAUUUCUGUGCCAUUACUUAUUCUAAAUUCUCAGAAAUCGAGGGUUGAAAUAUUAUAAUAUCAUGUCAUUGAGCAGGAUGUUUUGAAGUCACAUGAUCGCUAAUUAGGGACUUUAAGAUAGGUCACUACGAUCGCCUAGGACGGUUAGAUAGAUGUCACGUCACGCAAUAUACGCGUGACAUUUUACCGUCGUCCUUCUGGGACGUCCGGAGUAGUCAAUCGAUAAAAAUCGGUAUCGAUUUAUCGAUAAAAAUCGGUAAAUCUGAUUUGAGUGAUAUCGACUGUAUCGAUCAAUCGGAAGAAAUCGUUGACACACUCGUUUCGUUUUGUCGAUUUAUCUACAUUUCACCGAUUCCAUCGAUUUAUAUCGGAAGAUACAUCUGUUCUAUUGUUCAUCCAAAAAUGAAAACUGAUUUCAUGCAAACAGUGAAUUUGUUGACAAUGGAGUUGCAAUUGAGAGUAGAAGGAUCAAACAAUUUAUUAUCACUUUUUUAAUAAAAAAGUUUUAAAAAAUCUUAUCUUUUCCUUAAAACCCGGUUCAAAGUCUUCUUCUGACGGCCGAUAUUGGUAGGCGACCAGUUUUUUCACGAUUUAGAUCUGCCACCCUUUCAAAAUAACAUCAGUUCCACGUGUAGUUACUUGCCGGAGAAGCCAAUAGAUAAAAAUCGAAAUCGAUAGAAAUCGUUAGCGAUCAAGUGAUUUUAUCGACUAAUAACGGAAAACGGUGAAAAGCUAUCUAGGGAAAUCUUUUAGCCUGAAUUUCGGGCAUCCUUUCGACUCUAGAGGACGUCUGAAAUUCAGGCUGGGAAAUCUUUUAUCUUGGGUUGUAUUUCUCGUGGUACUUGCCUGCGAGAACUGCGAAAGUAAUUAAACCGAACCGUUUUUGUUAUUAUGUACAAAAGGAUCACGGUUUCAGAGAAAAUCUUGUGUCUGUAAUAGUUUCCACAUGCUUAUUUUCAUGUUUGUUGGUCAGCUCGUGGAUGUGUUUUCGCAGCUGUACUAUUUAACUUAUGCCAAAAACAACAAUAACAAGAAAUAAUUAUGAGGAAGAAAUAAUUAUUACUUCUGGAAGAAUUUCUGACUUGCUCAGGGUUUGAACCGGCUUACGUGUGACUCGUCAGGUCAGAUGAGACUCUAAAUUGAGGGAUUAGCCGAUUGCGCCACUGCGACGAAGGGUAAUUUGAGUUGUGAAAAAUAGCCAUAAGUUUAAUAUCAUGCGCGAGGUACGGGAAUUCGGCACGCAAGUUUGUUAGGCUUGUUUUGGGUAUUUGACGUAGUGACGCAGGAAUGAGUUGGAGAUUCGCGAGAUCACUUCUAGUUCUUUUGGCUACAAUAAAUAUUUGCGGCAGAGCGCAAAAUAUAUUUGCGACGCUGAUGAAUGUCGUGAACUUGCGUUUUGUUUCCGAUGUGAGGCAGGAAGUUGUUCGAGAAAUCUCGAUAUCUAGGUAUCAGCUCGAGUUGUUAACCCAUUUCGCCCCUGAACCCCCUGUAACCGCCCGUGCGGAUCCACGUCCUUUCUACCCUUUGUGACGUCAUUCGUUUUAAAGGUCAAGGACCAAUUUUGUCCACUAAGUUCUGCAGAGUGAAGAGAUCUUUCAAACCAUACCAGAAUGAGCACAAUACAGUCAAGGACACCGGAGAAAGAAGCAAAAAACCAUGUGACAUUGACCAGAAAAUCUCCAUGAAAAUCUUGCUCCAUUGCUCACCUACCUUUCCUUUCGCCUAAUCCUAAGAUGCUAAAAGCUUUCCUAAAAACUCUUCCCAUCAAAACGAAGCCUACUAAAUGCCCAGCAAGAGAAAAAAAAAUGAGGCAAGAAAAGCGAAAAAAGAGGGGAGGAGAGAAAGCGAAAAGUAAAAGUCAAGACUGCUGUGUCACUUUUAAACCCCCCAAAAUUUUGCCUUCUGCGCAUGCCCGAACUUCGCAAGCUGAUAUUUUGGAUCUGGAUCAGAAGGCCGCGAAGUGUACGACCUGUAAACCGGUUUGUGGUAAGUUUUAGCUCUUUAUAGCACGACAGUGACCAGAAAACCACUGGACUAGCUUCAAAACACGUUUUUCGGCAAAAUCUCUAGGAGCGAAUGGGUUAAGUUUAUCUGAGGAAGAAAGAAAUAUAUUUUUUUUUGCUCGCCCUUCGGUGUGUAGUUAUUUAUCGUUGCCCUGUUAGACCUUGAAGACGAGAUUGUAGCGGAAAAGUAAAAGAUGGUUGAUUUGUAAGUUUUUUUUUUUAAUUUGGGCGAGCAGGAACUUUGUUGGAGAAGUCCGAACAGUCGGCGCACGACGAUUAGUUGUUUUGGGCUUAUAGGAAACUGAUUGAAACGGGAAGUGGAAAGUUGGCAUUCGUGAAAAGUUAUUUUUGCCAAAUUGUUUUUUUAUAGAGUAAAGACAUUUAUCAAUACAAAAUUGGAAAUGUCAAUGCUUAUAAAGGGAAAAGCGUUCAGUUCCGGUCGACGUGUGCAGCUCAAAAAUGGUUUGUUUUGUAUGUUAUUGCAGUAUGGUGAGAAGAUAUCAUAAGCAGAGGAUCGAAAUGCACCAAUCAGAGAUAGACAAUUUGAAGGACUUGUUUCCUGAGAGGUCAUCUGAAUUUGUUGCUUCUGUCAUUUUAUUUUCUGAUUGGUUUAUUGUGUAGGGCGAAAUCGAUGAGCGAAUUAGAUUAGGGAAGAAUUGAAUGCUUUUGAUCCGAGUGAUUUGGAAAGUUGGAAUAAAAUGGGCGACUAUUGAAGAAGAGGAAGGAGUCAAUAUUUUUUGAAAUACGUAUGUUGUGUUAUAUGGUGACUUCACAUACAAAUACACGCACUGUUCGCGGUAGGCCCACACCAAAGAAAGGAAAUAAGGCGUUUUCGGAAUGGACUGGUUCACGAACUUAAAGUUAAUGAAAGGAAAAUAUUGAGACAGUCAAAGACAUUAUGCUCAAAUAGGCGAAAUUUGUUUUUAGAAAGUGAAGAUUACACAAGUUAAAUGGAGAAAAGUUUGGCGAGAGAAAUGUGUAUAAAGUUUAAGAGUGAAGAGAUUUCGACAACUGGAGAAGAUUGUAGCAGGAGUAAUUCGAAAGGGAAAGAGGUGUGGUCGUUUGCGUUGCGUGUAGGCCAACCGAUAAGAAGGAAAACGUGGUUACCGUCGUUUCGUAAACGUUGUGAUAGGCGUCAUUAUAAUUGAUCUUCUUUUAGUUUUGUUUGGAAAAUUAGGUGUUUUUGUACUUGUUUUUGUAUUGCGUGUUAUUGUUUUUCAUGUAAUAAUUUAUGUUGCGAUGUUGUGCAUAAAUUGUCCUCGGUGUGGAGAUUGUGCAUUUUCAGCAAGUUUUGUAAGAAGUGUACUGAUGUUAGCUACGUUGCCGGAGAAGGUGUGGAGUUAACUUUACAUAAGGAAAGUGUUGUAGUACAGGAAAUGGAGGAAGUGCAACUGAGAUCUCGUCGUGCGCAAUUUAUUUAUGACAGAAGUUAUAAUCGAAUUGGGUUACAGCCACGCGGUCAUGCACCUAGUAGACUUCCGGUGAAGAAGUUAAGACGUCUGUUACACAAAAAGAGAAAAGUAUUAAAGGGUGUUUGUAUGAAAGGGUAUCCUGAAAAAUAUCAUUUCUGACUACGGUGUGGCACGAAAUUUUUGCGGUUUUGCGAAAAGCUGGAAAACACAAACAAGAAAGUUUCAAUGCGACUCGCUGUUGCUUGUUUACGAAGACCUUUAUCGAUCGAUUUCUAGUGUUUUUAGUACAAAAAUACAAAGAACAAAUACGUUGAAAGUCGAAUACGCAAUUGAGAUGAAAUUUCUUUCACGAAAGUGGAUUUAGGGGUAAAAAUACGAGUAAAUUUACUCAUGUUCACUGCUUGACGACAAACCACGGGUUUUCACGUUCUCGACAGCAUGUGGACGACGAGCCGAGCAUGUGUAGUAGCGUUCAACUCGCCUUGAUCACUUCCGGUAGGUCGUUGUCGUCCCAUUCGUCGUCAAUGCUUAAGGUCCCUGUUAAUCCAGGACCACGACGCCGAAGUGUGGAUUUUAAGUUUUGGAAAGUUUGGAAUUUCCAUGCGCUUAUUUCAACAAGCCAUUCGGGUUUCACUUACCGCCUCGUGAAGUCGUCCCACCCAAAUAUUUAAUCAGCUAUCAAGCAUAUGCAAAUUUCAAGUCUCAAAUCUGUGAACGUUUAACGGUAUUUUCUCAGCAGCUACCACAAGAGCCUUGAUACCUGAAAUUUCUUCAAGGGCUCCUUUAACUGAAUUUCGUCAGUUCUAAUUCCGAAGCAGCACAAAACUUGCGCGAUGAAGUAGAUAUGAAAGCAAGACGUUUUCGUUGGAUCAAAGAGCAUGCGCUGUGAGGCCCAAAUAGCCAGAUUUUGGCUACCCCGGAGCAGAGUUUCCCAGAGGUUAAGUACGCAUUUCUAAACCCGUAAGAACAGGGGUCGAGAAUGGAUUGUCGCCCUAAGAAGAUUGUAGAACGUUAGCCGUUCCUCCAGAGCGAAUCAAGGCAUUAUAUGGGUUGUUUGCUGGGUGUCAAUCUCUACUUCAGCUCUUACCUAUUCAUCAUUUGUCAGUCACUUCCUAACUUUGAAACCUUCUUCGGCUAUUCGACUCUGAGUCUUCUGAUACAGCUCUAUACCCUGUGCAUGUGUAACUACCCAGUAAAAGCAUCAACGUAGCACGAAUCAAACAAACACAGCACAAAAUUUGGGUAAGAGGCUGCAUAGUUUUGUAUAAGAUGCAGUUAGUAUAAUAUAGGAACUGAAGUAGUAUACAUAUCCCCUGGAUCCGCCACUGAGGGCAACCAAAUUUAGUUCAAGCUAGCGGGGAAUUCCCAGAAAAAAUGACUGAAAAGUUAAGUUAUAUCCUAGGGAAAUGGGGCUUAGUUCGAGUUAUCUGUGUUUCCUUUACCGAGGCUAUGCUGCACUGUAAUUUUCAGGGAGUUAUAAUAACUCCUCUAGUGGGGCUAAUUUAACUCCUUACAGUGGAGUUAUUUUUCGUGGAGUUAUUUUAACUCCAAAAAGAAUAACUCCCUAAAAAUUACGGUGUGCAGUGUGUAGACCCUCUAGGGCUUGCAAAAAUUAUGCUUCCUUUCUUGUAAUGAAAUUAACCUAUUACGUUUUGUUUUUUGAAGGAGCCACAAAACUCUAAGAUGGCGUCGAAUUCAGUUGAACAUCAAAAGAAUGACGGAUGCCGUCUAUCUUCGGGUAAAUUGAGUGUUCUUUUCCUUGCAUCUGAAUGGGGAUCAAGCAAAGGAGGGUUGUCCACCAUAAACAGAGAAUUAGCUAUAAACAUAGCAAAGCAUCCCAAGGUGGAUGUCACCUUCUAUGUUCCCCGAUGCAACGACGAGGACAAGCAAACAGCUCUUCUGGAGAAGAUCAAUCUUGUUGGAGCAAAAAGAGUUCCAGGUUUGGAUGAACUUCACUGGCUUAGCUAUCCACCUGAAAACUUGUACAUUGAUGUGGUUGUUGGUCAUGGAGUAAAGCUUGGUCCUUACGCAUGUUCCAUAAGGGAUUUACGGAAGUGUAAAUGGGUUCAAGUUGUCCAUACAGUCCCAGAGGAACUUGGGAUGCAUAAAAUGUAUGCAAAUGCAAUAUCAGUUGCCGAAAAGAAGCAUCAAACAGAAGUUGAACUUUGUCAAUUGGCUGAUUUCGUUGUCUCUGUUGGUUCAAAGUUGAACGAAGCUUUUCGCUGUUAUCUUUCGUCGUGUCACGAGGACGAAAUGUUCUUCAACUUCACUCCCGGAAUUUUCCCAGAGUUUUCUAACGUUAAACAGGCUUAUAAUACGACAAGAAGAUUUCGAGUACUUCUUUUUGGUCGUGGAGACGCAGAAGAUUUUGAAGUAAAAGGGUUUGAUAUUGCAGCCAAAGCAGUGGCUGCAUUAAGUGACGUUUAUCUUGUGUUUGUUGGUGUACCAGAAGGAGAGCAUGAGAAGGUCAAAGAACGUUUUCUUGAAUGUGGUAUUCAAGAAAAUAAGUUAACUAUCAGGAGCUAUGUGCAAGACCGGGAAAGUUUAAAACGCCAAUUUUGUGAAGUUGAUCUUGCUAUCAUGCCUUCAAGAACGGAAGGUUUCGGAUUAACGGGGCUUGAGGCUCUAUCUGCCGGUCUGCCUGUCCUGGUUAGUGGAAACUCGGGCUUUGGAGAAGCUCUAAGUAAAGUUCCGUUUGGAUCGUAUUUUGUCGUUAACUCAGACGAUCACCAAAUCUGGGCGAAUGCAAUAAAGGGCUUGCAGGACAAAGACAGGAGUGAACGGCUGAAAGAGUGUGAAGCAUUGCGAUCUUCGUACGCAAAUAAGUACAGUUGGGAAGUACAGAGUGAAGAACUUGCUGUGAGGAUGAUCAGUGUAGUUGAAGGUAAGAACUUUAAUACAGCCGCCUCUCAUCGCUCACGUUUCACAAGAGAGACGUCUGCCACAAUAUGAGAGAGAUCGUCAAUGUUAAAACUGAUAUAAACACUGAAGAAAGGAAAAAAGUCAAUUUCACAGUGUUCGUUGGUCAGAUUCCUACAACAAACUCUUGAAUGUUUCACCUUUCUCUAGCCUGAGAAUAGAGUCGCCUCUCAUGAUCUAAUCGCUCUCCUUCGCUCUAAUCACUGACGUAAGAACUUGUUUGUAAGAGCAUUACUGCUCCCACAACUCAUUUUACUCUUGAUAAUAUGAGGUUGCUUUGACCACUGGUCAUUGGUCAUUGGCAAUUGGGCAUGCGAAACACGCUGCAAUGAUUUGCUUCGGAGUGACCAGCAUUGAAACAAUAGAUUCCUAGUGCGCAAUUGCCCGAUGCCAAAAGCAACCUUUAAAUGUAAUAGGCUUUCUAGGAAAAACAACAAUUUUGCACGUCCAUCACAGUUUUUUGUACAUUUCUUUGCCGUCACUGCACGACUACGACGUGAAAAUGCCUAAUUUCACGUUCUAUUGAGGACGUAAACAAGUUACGAAUUUUUCUUUUUGUUCUGAUUUGACGUCUCUGAACUUCUAAAAUGUUUCACAAAACGCGGGUAGCCAUUCGUUUUCGCGCCAAAAAACCUGGUAGUUCGGAUUUGUUUUUGAUCACGAGCCGGGACUUUUGCAUUGUAGUUCUUACGAAGAAUUAAUACCAUCAUCUCCGCUAAAUUAAAUGAGCCUUCCCGAACGUGCUUAAAAUAAGUAAGGCCUCGAGGGGGCUAAACAGAGGAUUUACGUUAAAUGUGUUUUUAGACCGAAAUGUGAACAAAUUCACCAGACCACUUAUAAAAUACCCUUAUAAGCGGAGCUCUCGCGCACUCGAAGCGUGCGCCAGCGGAGCAUCAUGGAUAAGUAAAUCUACCCAUCCCAGAAAUUUCGUAAUCACGUGACCGUACACCGACCGCCGACCUCCGACCGUCCGUCCACACCUUAGGCAUAUUAAUGUAAAAUAACUCAUUUAACAGGUUUGGCAACCCAAAUGCAACUCGAGAUUAUUUUGGCGGGAAAUCGCGUAGCCACCCGCGUCUUGUAAAGAAGAGACAACUAAAGGUCAAUAAAGAUGAAAACGAAAGAAAAUCUGUAUCCGUGUUGCUUUUUAGCUUAAUUGUCAUGUCCAAAAUUUGGAAUAUAGAGCUAUAUAUUCUAUUCUGUGCAACAUGUUUUGUAGGGCUUAUCCUCAAGGUGAAAAUGAGCGGGUGGAAAAAAAAGGUAAACGAGCACACGAACGACAUUUCCUUCAAACAACGUCGUCUAAUGUUAGAACAAAAAACAAUUAAAAAAAUUGGCAAAGUUCUUUUUUUACUAAUUAGACCUUCUUCUUCUAUUUAUCAAGUUUCAGCCACUAGAUAGUUUUAUAACAAACUUUAAACGGUUGGGCCCAUGUUUCUGUGCGUAGGCUUAUCCUCGCGGUGCAAUUAUUCAAGCUCUAAUGUUAGCAAAAACAAAACAUUGUUGGAAUUUAUCGUAGCUGUAGAUAGGUCAGUUGGCCCACGUUUCUAUCGUUCAAAUCUGUUGGUUCGUAUCAUGUUCGUGUUUUGUAUCAAUGUGUUCAAGCCAUCCGCAUGAACCGAGGAACUACACUUUGAUAGUGUCGCUAACUUUUCAGUUCCGGUGCAAAGUACGUGCCGUUCGUUCCAAGAACGAAAGACAUUUCAGUAAGGCAUACAUGGUACUCUUCGAAGUGACUUAUUCUGUUUUGCUGUUGUCCAGGUCCCCCUCCAAUGAACAUGAUGGCGCCAUCACCCGCUGUGCCAGACUUAUUACAUGGAGAAGGACCACUGAACCCAUCUUCUAGCGGGCAGCCAGCUCUCCCUCAGAAGAAUCACGAACCCCUCGCCCCUCAGAAUCAGGACUUGUCUACUGGUUUGUAACAUUUUAUCAGUUAUUCUUCAAUACUGCAUUAUUAAGUACAUUCUGUAUACUUGUAACAAGAUCUAGGGUUGUUCAUUUUUGUUCACUGAGUGCCUUGGAUAGCUACAGUACUCGUCAAAUUUUAGUAGUUGAUACCAACUUCUUCGCUAAAUUAAUAAAGCCCCCCGAACGUGCUUGAAAUAAUUUUAAUUAAAAAACCCCGAGCGGGCUUAAUAGAGGAUUUACUUUAAACGUGUUUUUAAACCGAAAAGAAAACAAAUUCACGAGGCCACUUAUAAAAUUAUUAUCUUUAUAUUCUUUGUGUAGGCUUAUCUUCGCGGGUUGUAAUUAUUCAAGUCUCUAAUGUUAGAACAUAAACAAAUGGCAAGUGUGCUUCUGAAUUUAUCAAGCUUCAGCUCUUGAUAGUAGAAACCGUUGUCCCGUGUUUCUAAAUGCACGCGGCACAAAUAAUUGUUGGUUCGUAGCUGUACGGUCUGGGUAUCGUUCAGUCUCAUGUAUCAUGUCGUGAAAUGUUCAAGCCAUGCGCAUAAACCGAGGAACUACAUUUUGAUAGUGUCGUUGAUUGUUCAGUUCCGGUGCAAAGUACGUGCUGUUCGUUCCGAGAACGAAAGACUUUUCAGUAAGGCAUACAUGGUACUCUUCAAAGUGACUUAUUCUGUUUUACUGUUGUCCAGGCUCCCCUCCAAUGAACAUGAUGGCGCCGUCACCCGCUGUGCCAAACUUGCUGGAUGGAGGAGGACCGCUGAAUCCAUCUUCUGCCGGGCAGGCAGCUCUCCCUCAGAAGAAUUACGAACCCCUUGCCCCUCAGAAUCAGGACUUCUCUACUGGUUUGUAACACUUUAUCAGUUAUUUUUCAAUACUGCAUUACUAAGAACAUUCCGUACUUGUAACAAAACUAGCGUUGUUCAUUUUUGUUUAGUGCCUUGGAUAGCUACAGUACUCGUCAAAUUUCAGUAGUUGAUACCAACAUUUUCGCUAAAUUAAAUAAGCCUCCCUGAGCGUGCUUGAAAUAAAUAAUACCCUGAGCGGGCUUAAUAGAGGAUUUAAGUUAAACGUGUUAUUAAACCGAAAUGUGAACAAAUUCACCAGGCCACUUAUAAAAUACGCUUAUAUUCUUUGUGUAGAGUUAUCCUCGCGGGCUGUAGUCAGUCAAGUCUCUUUUGAAAGAAAAAAAAAAACAAUUAAUGGCAAGUGUGCUUCUGAAUUUAUCAAGCUUCAGCUCUUGGUGGUAUUAACCGUUGGCCCAUGUUUCUAAGUGCAAGCGGCACAUAUCAUUUUUGGUUCAUAGCUGUACGGUCUGGGUAUCGUUCAGUCUUUUGUAUCAUGUCGUGAAAUGUCCAGCCAUCCGCCUAAACCGAGGAACUACACUUUGAUAGUGUCGCUAACUUUUCAGUUCCGGUGCAAAGUGCGUGUUGUUCGUUCCGAGAACGAAAGAGAUUUCAGUAAGGCAUACAUGUUACUCUUCACAGUGUCUUAUUCUGUUUUACUGCUGUCCAGGCGCUCCUCCAAUGAACAAGAUGGCGCCGUCACCCGCUGUGCCAGACUUAUUAGAUGGAGGAGCACCGCUGAAUCCAUCUCCUGCCGGGCAGCCAGCUCUCCUUCAGAUGAAUCACGAACCCCUCGCCCCUCAGAAUCAGGAUUUCUCUGCUGGUUUGUAACACUUUAUCAGUUAUCCUUCAAUACUGCAUUACUAAGUACACUCUGUACUUGUGACAAGAACUAGGGUUAUUCCUUUUUGUUUAGUGCCUUGGAUAGCUACAGUACUCGUCAAAUUUCAGUAGUUGAUACCAACAUCUUCGCUAAAUUAAUAAAGCCCUCCCCCCUACGAAUGUGCCUGAAAUAAAUAAGACCCCGAGGGGGCUUAAUGGAGGAUUCACGUUAAACGUGUUUUUUAGUCCGAAAUGAAAAGAAAUUCAGCAGGCCAGUUAUAAAAUACCCUAACAUUCUUUAUGUAGGCUUAUCCUCGCGGGUUGCAAUUAUUCAAGUCUCUAAUGUUAGAACAAAAACAAAUGGCAAGUGUGCCUCUGAAUUUGUCAAGCUUCAGCUCUUGAUAGUAGAAACUGUUGGCCCAUGUUUCUAAGUGCACGCGGCACAAAUCAUUUUUGUUUCGUAGCUGUACGGUCUGGGUAUCGUUCAGUCUUUUGUAUCAUGUCGUGAUAUGUUCAAGCCAUGCGCAUAAACUGAGGAACUACACUUUUAUAGUGCGGGAAAUGUUCAGUUCCGGUGCAAAGUACGUGCUGUUCGUUACGAGAACGAAAGACAUUUCAGUAAGGCAUACAUGGUACUCUUCAAAGUGACUUAUUUUGUUUUACUCUUGUCCAGGCUCCCCUCCAAUGAACACGAUGGCGCCAUCACACGCUGUGCCAACCUUGUUAGAUGGAGAAGGACCGGUGAACCCAUCUUCUGCCGGGCAGCCGACUCUCCCUCAGAAGAAUCACGAACCCCUCGCCCAUCAGAAUCAGGAUUUCUCUACUGGUUUGUAACAUUUUAUCAGUUAUCCUUCAAUACUGCCUUACUAAGUACAUUCUGUACUUGUACAAGUGACAAGAACUAGGGUUGUUCUUUUUGUGUAGCGCCUGGGAGGAGGUUAGGUCGGACGCGAGAAAAUUUGCUCCAGAAUUACAUCAGUUUUGGUGCACAGCUAACCCUAUUAAUUCCUCGUGUCACUGAAAACACUGAGGAAAGAGAAUGAUGAUUUUAAAUCGAAGUUGAAAGGAAUGGAAUCAGAGCUGGAGUCGCUGAAAUCUUCCAUGAAAUUAACUAUAUAAAACAAAGAAGAACAAGAACAUGGCGUGCAAUUCUUGAGCGACGAAUAUGAUGACCUCGCGGCAUGUAGGAAGAAGAUAUGGAACCAAAUAAAACGAUUAUCCAGUAAGCUUGACACAAUUUGUACGCAAGUCGAUCGAAUUUCCCAAGCUAUCGACUCUUUUGAGAUGUAUAGCUAUCAAUACAAUAUCAAGAUUGUUGGCAUUCCACAAGUGGCAGAAACGGAGUGUCCCGAAGACAAAACCUCAAUUUGUUUGAAGCUAUUCUCAUGCAUUGGAGCAGACAUCACAUUGCAGAGUAUCGACAUCGCACACCGGGUUCCGGCAACAAUGUGGUCGCUGCCGACCUCGACUUGACACUCGGUUCGAUCCACCACUUUAGCAUCUACGGCCAUCUUAUUCCACGGCUGCAAGAUUUGCUUUACGAAGCCAAACGCUCUAAGACCGCUAAUAACUAUAAAUACUGCUUGACUAAAAAUUCCGCUAUGUUUACCUACGACAAAAUGAUACGUCGAAAGUUAUUAAGCUUAAGAGGAUCAGCGAUCUCACCGCUCUGUUACCAGACAAUGCGACCACAAAUUUGGAGGAGUAAUUUGUGAGUGAUUUAAUCAACUAGACAUGAAGCUGUCGAAAAAUAUGUUCUCCCCGGCAGGCCACUCUACAUGAUGGGGGAUUUCAACAUUGACCUGCGCAAGUCGCAGUCAUCCUCUAUUAGCCAAAGAUUCUUCUCAAUGUCAGCUCAAAGCUUUCAUAUUAUUCCAACUAUUGACAUCCCACUCACGUACAUAAUACAUCGACCACUCUUAUUGAUGAUAUCUUUACAAAUGACCUCGAACAAUUCUUUGUAAGUGGUAACAUAGUCUAACCGUCCAUUUUUCUCAGUUUUGUAUUUCACGUCUCCCGACUAGUCGGGUUCUAUCUGUUUCGCCUAAAGUGCAAGACUAUUCUAACUUCUCACCUGAAAAUUUUAAUAAUGAACUCACUCAAAUCAAUUGGGACAUUAUUACUUUAGAUACUCACCAAGACAUAGAUCAAAUGUUCUCGACGUUUUACAAUAAAUUUAAUGGACAGGUCAAUAAACAUGAACCCUUGAAGACGCUUUCUGGCCGCAAGGCAGAACGAUUUUCAAAACCAUGGAUCACAAGAGGCAUCAGACGAUCAAUUAAAAACUAAGGAUAAGCUGUUUUUGUCAGGCGAUACACAGAAAUACAAAUUAUAUAGAAUUAUUAUAUAGACACGAGUGUUUUACUGGAAAAUAUACCACUCGUAAAAUUCAUAAAAGCUACAUCCGGGACCCGAGUGGGUUAUUUUCCAUAAUCUCACACGGUCUCACACGGUCAUUUUCCUCUAUUAUUUUAUCGAUGUCUUUUUGUCUAUAUAAUAAAAAGAACAUUACACGGCGGCUUGAAGAUAUGAAUUUUAUUUUCUCGUGGCAAAAACAAUAUUUUACUCACUCGCUGCGCUCGUUCGUAAAAUAUUGUUUUGCCGCUCGAAAAUAAAAUUCAUAUCUUUGCGUCACCGUGUAAUAUCCUCUUUAUCAUAUCCUAACAUUAACUCGUUUAAGCAAAAAACUGCACUUUCACAAGUACUUUGAGACUAACUUAUUGAGUAUCAAGAAGAUAUGGGAAGGUAUCAAUAGUCUGCUAAACAAAAGAAGGAAUCGUGAAUCCGUCAGCAAAAUCACAAAACCUGACAAUAGUGGUUUCACACAAGACCUAUCACAGAUGGCCAUAUUCUUAACGCCUCUAUUGGACACAAGCUUGCCGGCUUCCAAGUUGCCUCAAUCGUCACACCAUUUAGCUGAUUAUUAUCAUCAAAUCAGUUUCCUCAACUCUCUCUUUUCUGCACCUGUGAUCCCGUAUGAGGCUCAACUCGAAGUUCUGUCUAUACCGAACAACAAAGCACAUGGUCUGUAUUCGUGUCCAACUCGUUUCUUAAAUCCGCCAGUAGUAUCCUCUCUUACCUUUUAGCAAAUAUAUUAAAACUUCAAUUGAGUUUGGGAGUUAUCCUUCCAAACUUAAACACGCAAAAGUAAUUCCGAUAUACAAAGAUGGUGACGAGACAGACCCUAAUAAUUACCGACCUAUCUCACUUCUUUCAAACUUUAAUAGAAUCUUUGAAACAUUGAUGUAUGUACGUCUAAAAUCCUGUUUAAGAAAGGUAGAUAUGCUUGUUCCAUGUCUAUAUGGCUUUAGAGAGAAACAUUCCACUCAGCAUGCAACUCUAGAUAUUAUUAACACUAUUCAAAAUAACAUGGAUAAUAAGUUUUAGUAUAUACUAAAACAGUGGAUAGUGUUUUUCGCGCGCUCUGAUUGGCUACUCAAUCAGUGAAUAUCCUGCACUAUUCACUGAUUCACCUCCAGUUCCUCCGAGCGAGUGACGCCAAACUCGCGUGAGUUGCGAGCAAAAUGCCUUCCCGGUGUGCUGCCGUAACAAACAAAGAAGUUUCACAACUAAUCAAGCAAGCUGUUCCCGAAAUAUACGAAAAAGGUGACGAAGUUCGGGGUGGAAGUUUAACAGGUUAAGCUUUGUCUUUUUGACUUGAAUUUAUCGAUAAAACCGGCGAAAAAGUUUUUUGUUUACAAAUGCAAAUUAAGUCUUGCGUUUCUUUAUUUAGUUGACUUGUUCAAAAAGAAGCUUAAAACUAAAUUUAAUAAUCCUUUUUACAGAAUGAUUUUAAAUAAAAAAAGAAUUCACAACUCCUUUUGAGGAAAUUUUCCCGCAAGAACUAAAACAAAUGCCUUCAAAAGUUUUAUUUGUCGGCAAGAAAAAGCGACAACCGCGGCCGUUCGGUCAUUGCGUGCCAAAAUUGUAGUCGUUGCAGGCAACAGUAAAUGAGUUAAAAAUCAUCAUUUUUGUGCUCGAUUAUCUCACUGUUUUAGUGUAUACUAAAACAAUUAUUCAUCUCGUGUCGGUUCACAGACAACUAAUAUUGGCCCCAAUAUUUCUGAAAAGGCUCCCUCGGAUUGCGGUGUUCCUCAAGGUUCUGUUCUGGGGCCUUUACUUUUUUGUUGCAUAAAAAUGAUAUCACAAACUGUUCAGAUAAGUUCAAGUUUUAUUUCUUUGCUCAUGACAACAGUAACUUGUUCACUAAUAAAAACCUUAAAUCCCUAGAAUUAGAAGUACAUGUUGAGUUGAACAAAUUCUGCGAAUGGUUGACAGCGAAAAAACUAACUCUAAAUACUAAGACAUCUAAUUAUGUGAUAUUUCGAAAUUAUGGAAAGAAGCUACCUUUUCAACCAACGAUAAAUAUUUUUGACAACGAUAAAAUGUCAUACUCACCAUUAGAAUGUAAUUAUUAUUGAAAUAUCUUGGCAUACUUAUUGACAAGAAUCUUAACACUAAAGCUCAUAUUGAUCUAAUUGCUCUAAAAAUUAGCAAAACCAUUGGCACGAUAGCUAAACGGAGACACUUUGUACCCCUUUCUGUUAUUGUCAAGUUAUAUCAGUCCCUUGUUUUCCCCUUUCUCGCCUAUGGAGUUAGCUUGUGGGGUCAAUGCGAGCGUCACAGUCAACAUUGGAUAAGCUUCUUGUCCUUCAAAAGCGGGCUAUACGUUUGAUAAACUUUUCUCCAAAGUGUGAACACGCUAUUCCUUUUUUCGGUAAUCUUAACAUUCUGCCUGUUCAAUUUUUUUAUGUCGAAUCUGUUUCUUCUUUAAUGCAUGAUGUUCCAAACGAGCUAGCUCCUGCUCGUAUUCAAAAUUUACUUACUCAUGUCUCAGAUAUCCAUUCCAUUCCUACAACACCAUAUCAGUAACUACGAACAAAUUUUAUGUCAUGUCUUCUUGUCUUGAACAACUAAAGAAUUCAUUUUCCCGAUUUGGCGUGCGGCUUUGGAAUGCUUUACCUAAAGUCUGCCAGUAGAAACUUAUUUAAGAAAUACAUGAAACACUUAUUAAUAUUUUUAAAUAAGAAAAUCACACAUCUUCAAUUCUUGAAAUAAUUAAAAACUUGUAAAACUGUAGCAAUCCGGUAACUACGACCAGUAUAGUGAAAUCUCUUUUUUUCUCCCUUUUCUCCGUGUAGUAAUUUAGUUUUGCUAUUUUUAGUUGACAUUUUUCAUUUAAUUUACUAUUUAUUGUAAUCUUUAACUUCUGCUUGUUUAAAAUCCUUUUAAGUAAAUAUGUAUAGCGCAAAAUACCCUAGUUGGAAUAAGCCUAACCAAGAGAUAAUGAGCUGUCUUGGCCUAACCAAGAGAUAGUGUUAAUCAUACCUACCCGCCUCGACUAGUUUUUAACUAUUUGUGGGUAGGUACUAUUCAAAUUGUAAAUAUCUGUUUCUUAACAAAGUGUUUUGUUUGGUUGUUGUUGUUGUUGUUAUAGCUACAGUACUCGUCAAAUUUCAGUAGUUGAUACUAUCAUCUUCGCUAAAUUAAAUAAGCCCCCCCCCUCCGAGCGUGCUUGAAAUAAAUAAGACCCCGAGGGAGUUUAAUAGAGGAUUUACAUUAAACGUGUUUUUAGACCGAAAUGUAAACAAAUUUACCAGGCCACUUAUAGAAUACCCUUAUGUUCUUUGUGUAGGUUUGUCCUCAGGGGGUGCAAGUCUCUUUUGUAAGAACAAAAACAAUAAAUCGCAAGUGUGCUUCUGAAUUUAUCAAGCUUCAGCUCUUGAUAGUAUAAACCGUUGUCCCGUGUUUCUAAAUGCACGCGGCACAAAUCAUUGUUGGUUCGUAGCUGUACGGUCUGGGUAUCUUUCAGUCUCAUGUAUCAUGUCGUGAAAUGUUUAAGCCAUCCGCAUGAAGCGAGGAACUACACUUUUAUAGUGUCGCUAAUUGUUUAGUUCCGGUGCAAAGUACGUGCUGUUCGUCCGAGAACGAAAGACAUUUCAGUAAGGCAUACAUGGUAAUCUUCAAAGUGACUUAUUCUGUUUUACUGUUGUCCAGGCCCCCCUCCAAUGAACAUGAUGGCGCCAUCACCCGCUGUGCCAAACUUGCUGGAUGGAGGAGGACCGCUGAAUCCAUCUUCUGCUGGGCAGCCGACUCUCCCUCAUAUGAAUCACGAACCCCUCGCCCCUCAGAAUCAGCACUUCUCUACUGGUUUGUAACACUUUAUCAGCUAUUCUUCAAUAGUGCAUUGCUAAGAACAUUCUGUACUUGUGACAAAACUGGGGUUGUUCUUUUUUUUUUGGUGCCUUGGAUAGCUACAGUACUCGUCAAAUUUCAAUAGUUGUUUUUAUUUGACCAUUUCAAAAAUUGCGGCGCUCAACGUCGGGGAUGGAAGAGAAUACAGAGAGGAGAAACAUCUUGUGACGUGAAAAUUUGAAGGAUUUGGCAAACUUUGACGACGAGUAUCCUGCGAAACUCGGUUUUAUAGUACAAGUUCCAGCCUUGUAGAUACCCAUGCAGCGCAAGAUUGUCUUUCCUUGCUAUUAGUUUGGUGUGAGAAUACACAGGACAUAAGAUUAAUGACUUCGCCUCCUUCAUCGAAGCAAGUACAAGGUGUUCAAGCACAGCCAGGAUGAUCAAUAACGUUUAUUGGUGUAAGGGGAGUGUAGUCAGCAGUGCAUUCAAACCCGUUCAUACGGACCCGGAGGGGGCCAUACAAAGGGUCCGUAUUAAGCGGGUUAAGGUGACUCGACCCAGUUUUUUUUAGGGCGGUACCAUCCUACUUUGAAGCUCUCUGGUAUCCCCACCUUUACUUUUAUCGUAAGUCUAACACAUAGAAUGGAUAACAUAUAGAUCAAUCUACAACAUAACAUAAAAUUUUUGGCGAUCGGAGUAAAUGUCACGUGGUUAUAAUGCCGCGUCCCUUUGAGGUCUGAGUCGAAAAUCUGCUGUUGCCGGCAUUUUUUUGUGAAAAUCUCUCGGCUACAUAUAGUGCCUAUUAGUACCUUGCGCUGAACAGAGUUUCACCAAAAUCGCAAAGACCCAAUUCGAGAAAUUCAGCGGUUUCCAAUUUUAGGUCAUAAUUUAUGCGAAAAUGAAAAGCCAACUUUACUCAAUUAUAUCUAAUAAACUAUGAGAUGUAUCCCGUUAUUUUGAGGAUCUUUAUAACAGAUGGGUCCUUGCAAGUCAGCAAAAAACUUUAGGGCCUUGUAAAUGCGCGCGAUUUCGGGCAAUGCAAACACAUACAAAUUAUAGUUUUAACUAGUUGUUGACGUUUGUCAGCGUUUAAUAGUCCUUCUCACGAAAAAAGCAUUUUCUUAAAAAUUCGUAGUUUUUUUUCCUUCAAAUUUUUCAGGGCCACAAUUGAUCAAUUGACUACCCGAAUUCUCAAUUUCAUGAUCAUUGAAAAACUGUGACAUUAUCUUCUAUAAGCCCAAACUUGAGUAAACUUUGAAGACUUUUAGCGUUUUGGCUGAGUUUGUGCUUUGGGAGUUUUCUAUUGUUUCUAGUCUGUCAUGAUACAACAUUCUUGUUCAGCACGCGUGCAAUGACCGCGCUUGCCGGGGUGACUUCCGAAUGCUCACCGAGAAUGAUAAUUUUGGUACGGUGAGACAGGCGAUGGCGUAUAGAGGUUUAACUCACGAUUUUUAAUCAAUUCUCGUGCUUCUUGUGCCUUUGCAAAAAAAUCAAGAAAUGCUACACACUAAAUCUACUUACCAUAAAAAAAUAUCAUUUUUACAUAGGUUUAAUGCAAGCCAAUAAUUAAACCAACUCACUACUUAUCCUUUUAUCUGGUAGUGAAAAAAUUAAUUACACUUGUAAGCACUGUCAGUUUUUUUGUGACUCUUGGUUUCGCUCUAGAAUCUUUCUUGCUCGUCUUGCUUAGAGGUAAUGCUAAAAUUGUAAGCAAAGCCCUUGUACCUCCUGCAGUAUACAAAUCGCUGAGGGUGUUCAUGUCUUAGACGUUACGUGACGGGAAUCCCUUCUAUUUUCUCAUACAAAAUUAUCAUAUCUCGCGGUGAAUAUUGGGAAGUGAGCCAAGCGCGGUCAUUGCACGCGUGCUGAACAAGAAUGUUGUAUCAUGACAGACUAGAAACAAUAGAAAACUCCCAAAGCACAAACUCAGCCAAAACGCUGAAAAUCUUCAAUGUUUACUCAAGUUUGGGCUUCAGUUAUAGAAGAUAAUGUCACAGUUUUUCAAUGAUCAUGAAAUUCAGAAUUCGGGUACAUGUAGUCAAUUGAUCAAUUGUGGCCCUGAAAAAAUUUGAAGGAAAAAAAAACUACGAAUUUUUAAGAAAAUGCUUUUUUCGUGAGAAGGACUAUUAAACGCUGACAAACGUCAACAACUAGUUAAAACUAUAAUUUGUAUGUGUUUGCAUUGCUCGAAAUCGCGCGCAUUUACAAGGCCCUAAAGUUUUUUGCUGACUUGCAAGGACCCAUCUGUUAUAAAGAUCCCUAAAAUAACGGGAUACAUCUCAUAGUUUAUUAGAUAUAAUCGUGUAAAGUUGGCUUUUCAUUUUCGCAUAAAUUAUGACCUAAAAUUGGAAACCGCUGAAUUUCUCGAAUUGGGUCUUUGCGAUUUUGGUGAAACUCUGUUCAGCGCAAGGCACUAAUAGGCACAUAGGCACUAUAUGUAGCCGAGAGAUUUUCACAAAAAAAUGCCGGCAGUAGCAGAUUUUCGACUCAGACCUCAAAGGGGCGUGGCAUUAUAACCACGUGACAUUUACUCCGAUCGCCAAAAAUUUUAUGUUAUAUUGUAGAUUGAUCAAUAUGUUAUCCAUUCUAUGUGUUAGACUUACGAUAAAAGUAAAGGUGAGGAUACCAGAGAGCUUCAAAGUAGGAUGGUACCACCCCCCCCCCCCAAAAAAAAAAACUGGGUCGAGUCACCUUAAAUUUAGAGAAAACAUAAGGGCUGGGAACAAGAGAAACUGCCCGUAGUAACAAGGUGUCCGUAAAGCGGGGUUCCAGUGUAUUGUACUAUGUGGCUCCGAAUUUUGCCCUACUGUGCCAAGAAGAGUGUUGAUUCAAAAUGCGCAAAAUGUCGUAACUAUGAUUUUAAGUCGGGAAAAGUAAGUUGCAAAACACCCUUGGCUAUAGUAAAGCUUGCAAUCAAUCAAUGAUGCUCUGAAAUGAAGCUUGUCCUCUCUUUGGAUAGGCUUCCCUUCCAUAACAGCGUUUGAGAGCAACGGUUUAAAGAUUGAGUUCGCGUUCGAAAAGGUCCCAGGCAACCCAUCUAAUGUGGUGUCUAUUAUGGUAACAGCUACAAACUCACUCACCUUUCCCAUGACUGACUUCGUAUUUCAAGCCGCUGUUCCUAAGGUAUGGACUUACAGUUACACUGUUUUCUUGACCAUUUUUUCUAUUAUCGGAUAACCCCAAGGGGUGACCCCCUAAUAUCUGCUCAAAUGUUUUCAGUCAUGUGUAGCCUCAUGUGCAGAUCGUUGCCUAACUAGACUCUCCCACUGGCUUGUCACACACCGCUUUUACCUGCCACUUCUAGUGGGUAAAAGUGAUCUGCCAGUGAGACAAGUCACCUAAAUAGGCCACCGUUCAUGGCACCAAGAGAUCAUCUCUUUAAAGGUUUAAAGGCUUGUUUAUAGUGGAAAGUGCACUUAGCUUAUCCAGCUAGUUAAAGGGACAGGUUCACGGUUCAGCGCAUGCUCGUUAAUCAAAAUGUUGUUUUUCUGCCGGGACAUGCCGUAUCGUCCGUGAAAGCAAUAUGAUCAUGUCAUAAUGUUGUCAAAGAACCAAUCUGCACACUCACCUGGCAGUCACUUGAUCAACUUAGGCUCGAAUAGCUGUAAAUUAAUCAACCAUGGGAUAAAACCAUCGGGUCAACAAUAAAUUCAACGUUGGUAGUGUUGGCAUAAUCCACCAAUUUUCCUGUGAUUUUAGCGCUCCUCCAUUUUAGCACUUCAGGUUACCCUAAAAUACACUUCUACUUUGAAAUACACUGUGAGAUCGCUGAGAUACAUGUGAAAGGGAUUAUUGACCGAUAGAGUUAAUAAUAAUUUGGAAAAAAGUUAUUUAAUUAAUGAGCAUGCACUGAACCGUGAACCUGUCCCUUUAACAGCCAGUCCACUCAAAUACUUAGAAACAAAUAAUUCAAAUACAACAUAACAGGAUUAAAAACCCCAUCUAGCAGGAGGCAACCAGUAGGCUAUUUACAAACGUGGCCGAGGAUUUGAGCUCGGGACGACCGAGAACAAAUCGAGGAAGCGACCAGAGCGGGACUCGAACCCGGGUCCACCGGAUGGCGAGUCCGACGCGCUGACCACUCGGCCACGAUGCCUCCUAACCUUAUCCCAUCUAACGGAAUCAUGCAAUUUAUGGCGACUCUUUUAUUUGGAAACGGUGUCCAGGGUGGAUCUUUGUAGCAUAAGCAGCAGUGUUCAUUUGUAUUCUCCACCGACUGAACUGAGGUGAUGAUUUGCCACGCCCCUCGGCAUCACGCGUGUGAAACUCGAGUCAGUGCCCCGGGGAUUUCCUCAGGGCUCCACCUUGGAGUAAGCUACUGAGUGAUCGCCACUCUACUAACCCGUAUCACUCUUGUUUAGCGUUCUGUUGAUGAUGAAGAACCAACAAAAGGUGACUCGAAUCAGACAUGCAGUUAAUAGUUAAAACGAACACAGUUUGAUUUAGCACUGCACAGUUACCAUUUUUUGUACUGUUUUCUUAUGUUCACAGACAUUCCAGUUACAGCUUCAAAGCCCGUCAGGUAAUGUUAUACCGCCGAAUAACUCUGGAGCUAUUAAUCAAGGACUUAAAGUCGCAAACCCUCAACAGGUACAAUCAUGCUUCUUGCACUUUCACUUUUAAAUUUUGUUUUCAGAACAUUGCCAUCUUCUGUCCCUGUGUAACGUGAUCAGUAGGGGAAUGACAUUGAGGAGUUUUUAUCCCAGUUUUAAAGUUUUUAGGAUUUUAGGAUAUACAGUGGAACCUCAAUAUAGCGAAGGGCCAAGGGACUGGCAAAAUGUGUUCGCUAUAAGGAAGUUUGGUUAUAUGAAGGUUCUUUCCUGUAUAUUUUACUAUUAGUGGGGUAAAGAAAAUCAUUCGUCAUACCGAGGACUUCGUUAUGUAGAGGUUCAUUACAUUGAGUUUCCACUGUACCUGAUUCAAUGAAGGUUGAUUGGGUAUUGGGCAAUUGCUCACUGGGAAGCUGUUGUUUGCUGGUCACUCCGAAGCAGAUCAUUGCAGUGGCUUUCGUAUGGCCAAUUGCCAAUGACCAAUGAUCAAUUGCCGAAGCAGCCUUUAUUGAAUAAGGUAUAUAUUGCAGUUUAUUUCCAGUCCCAAGGGCACUUUUUUUGUGGGGCUUUUAUUGUUCACGACCAUUAUCUUCCGAAAUUGCUUUUACGCAUCGUCGUUUUUGUCGUGGAUUAGUACCGUUGGAAUCCUCAGCUUACUCCUGGGUUAAUUUAUAAGCAACCAGCCAAUCAGGAGUAGAAUCAACGCCACGUCACUGCCUUCAAGCUCAUCCAAACAUUUCUGAUAUCCGAUUCGCUAUUCCUAUUGGCUCCCGUUUAUAAUUGGCCCAGAAUACAUUGUAAUCAUUUGAUAAUUUUGAGUGAAAUUGUCAGCUGUGCUACAAAGUGUUGUUUACGUUGUCGUGUAUAAGGUUGUUUAACGUGGUUCCCCGGGGGGGACUUUAGGAAUUUCUGGGUGGGGAUGUGCCGCUGGGACCCUGGAACCCUUAACCUAUAACAGAGCUAGUUCAGCUGAAUUUUGCUACCCUAUACUAGAGUAAACUCCCCAAAUCCCCCCUAUCCUAGAGUAGCUGUUUCCCUAGUCUAGAAAAAAUCUUCAAUCAACUGAUCAGUUUCCUGAAAAAUGAUAGCCUAUUCUAGACCCAAACGCUCUGAUUUAUACACCCUAUCCUAGAGUAAACUGCUUGAAAACCAUACCCUUCACAGCGGCACAUACCUAUAUAGCCCAUAUAUGGCAGUACCCCCCCCUCCCCGGGGUGGUUCCCAACGUGACUACUUGAUGAGCACAACUGGGCGCGAGGAUUUUUUAAUAGUUUCUUCGAACUUUCACGUUUUCACUGGCUAUUGGAACUCAAUAAUCAAACUCUUGGCAAAAAAGCUGUUAUUGAAAUCAGUCUCGUUGGUCGGCUGAUGAAAGUUUGUUUGAUAACACGUGAGAGAUGAAGCACUGCCGGCCACGCACAUGUUCAGUUGACAGCAGCCUUCCUGUUGAAUAUAGCCUGUUGAAAAACAGCUGGUAUUUUUGUACCUUUUACAGUCGAGCAAAAUGCGACCAAAAUGGUGACUUAGUCGGACGUAUGCCCUUUGAAAAAGACAAAAUUAUGCGCAUAAAAAUACCGCCUGUUUUGCAGCAUGCUCUGUUGAAUAUAACUAUAACAGUGUACUGAAUUUCCACUCAAAUGGUUUGUAGCCUAAGGUGACUUUUUACUCUGUUGUAUCCGUGCACAUGUUUCCGACGAAGUUUCCAAUAUGCCCUCAAAACUUGCUGGUCUUAAUUUGUUUUAUCACGUGUCGCGAUAAAUUAUUUCUGUUUCACAAGCCGCUUUUCUGCUCUGUUGCUUAACCUCUCUAUUAAAUAGCUUGUCACCGCCCACAGGGUUUUGUCUUCGUAGAAUUGAACGUCUUGUUGUUCUAUUGAUAUCAACACGUUCUUUCUUGUUUCUGUUAUUCUGGAGUUUGUAUGCGGUUUGUUGUGAGCAAUUUUCUGUUUUCUCUUAAUAAAGAGCUUCUCUGCCUACGCAAUUGAACCUUUUGUCUGAAAAUUAUGUUAAAUAUGUCAAACAGUUCCCAGCCGACGCCAAGUUAAUGAAGCCUGUCUUAUUUGGCGUCGAUGUUAACUGGUGUUUUUUUCAAUUUUUUAUUAAAGCAGUCCUUCAAAGUAUUGUUAAGGUUGUUUUCUAGUCGAGGAAGCUGUUUAUGUUAAUACUUCACUUGUUGGAAUACAUGCCGUUCAUUGUCUUUCUUCUGACUGCUGAAUGCACAGCCCUAAACCAAGUAAACUGUAAUAAACGAAACCCAGUGUGGGUUUGAGUGAAAAGAACAGUUGAUAAAUAAACGUUUUGUUAACUCUUUCCGCACUUAGACGUCAAACAUUUUGCUGUAAGCAGCUUUCCGUUUAUGCCUACAAGAUUUUAAACCUUCGUUUGGUGACAUCAACGCCAUCCUUUUGCUUUUGAACGCUUCUGCUCAGAGCUUCUCGUACGUGCUUUACAUUUGCAUAACCACGCCACUGAAUUCAAUCCAAGAGUAAAAAAAUUAAAACACAAUGCAGCAGAAUAAUUUAUAGAACGUCAACGCCAUUCUUCUUUUGAACGCUUCUGCUCAGAGCUUUUCGUACGUGCUUUACAUUGCAUAACCACGCCCCAGUGCAGCAGAAUAAUUUAUAGAACAACACAGCUAAAGUAUUUCUUGUAGGUCCUAUUUGUUUCCCUUUUGCAGGAACGAAAUAAAAUUCACCUUGAAUUUUAUUUCUUUUCUAACUGUAAAUAGCGGAGCUGGGAAGGACUUAGACUUUGUCAAAGUCGCUUUCUACGGUGAUCUUUUGGAAUAUCACCUGAACAAAACUAAAAGCCCCAUGUGAAUCUCUUUAUUAUUUUAGGCUUUGUUAUCUUUGAAUUCGUUCAAAAAUGUCCAAGUUAUAGCCGAGAGCGAAUCAUCUCGAUAAUUUUCCUGUCUUUAUACAAUUCCCGCCAGACGUCUAUAAAAAUUUUAAAUUUGGCGGCUUACGCAACCCUUCUUUCAAACAUAACAUGGACUGGAUUAGGCUAGGCGAUAGAUUUUUUCAGACCUCAGUAUUAAAUGUUGGCUGCUGUAGUUAGCUGGGGAACUCUCUCGUGCGGAGCAAGCAAAACUGGUUAUCUAUCCAUGCCAGAAAUUUUGAUUGUCACGUGUCCGUCCGUCGACCUGCCCAUGUAAUCUAUUGUGCGAUCCGUGUCAAAGUCAAUUGACAGGAUGACAGCUAUCCAAAUGGGUAUCCGCGGCCAUUUUCACAACGUUAUCGUAGUCCCUGGGGCACCAUCGACAAUUUUUUAUUCCGGGGUGCAUGGUGGCUUCGACGAGUUUGUUUUAAUGAUAAGUAUUUAAUGGAAGCUCCCUCCUUAGGCUUCGCUAAAUCUGUUUAUUAUCAGGAGCUGUUACGUCCGGUCCGACUUAUUUUAGAAGAAAGGGGAAAGACAUAAUAGAUAUAUAGAGAAAAUAUGAUCGCUGGCUACAGGAGCGGUGGUAUUGUCUUCUGUCUGAAAAGCGCGGAAAGGAAAGAGGGAAUUGGAAGCUCUCCUCGUAUCAAUGCUAAAGAAAAAAGACCCUUCCAACGUUUUUUCAAGUUUUUAUGGGCAUAAUUUGGUGAAAGUCCUUUGACACCGCUGAAAAGAGCGUCUUAACAUUCGUAAACUUGCCAAGUUUGAAAGUGAUGCGGCGUUUAAAGAGAGCGAGGAUAUAGCUCCUUAAAGUCGCGAAAUUUGACAGACAUUUGUAUAGUGGGGGCACGAACUUACCCCCCUCCACACCAUAUAAAUCGUCUGUAAAUAUUAUACGCUUUUCAUCAAAUCACUGUCAAACUUGAUCAUGACUUAAGUAACUGAUUUUAAGGCACAAUCAGUGGACAGGCUUUUUUCUUUGCCUCAUCCCUGCUCUAAAUAUGCUCUGGUUUGUUUCCACAGCAACCUUUACGAAUGAGAUUAAAAGUGACAUACAAGAUAAACGGCGCAGCCGUGAAUGAACAGGUCGAAGUCAACAGCUUCCCACCUGGACUUUGACGGGAGACUAUUUUAUGUAAAAAUUAUAUUUUGUAUGGUAAAUGCUGAUCAAAUAGUAUCUACAGUGAUGCAGAAGUUGCUUGUCGACACCCAAAUUCUCCUUACGUUUUAAUGAGAGAAUUAUGUAAGCCAGUGCAAUAUGGAAAAUCGUCAGUUGUGCGGCAGGAGAUUUUAUAUUCUCAUUAGAUGUUGUAUGUGAUAAUAAGCUACUCGUAAGGAGAAUUUGUUUGUUGAAGAACAAAACAGUUAGCCCACGACAAGAUUAUGCUUCUUUAAUUUUGUAAUAUUCGCCAUGGACGUAGAAAGUUAACUUACUCUUUGGGUUGUGGUAAACCAUUCAUUUCCUGAAUUUUCCUCCCAGCCUUCUGAAGUCCCCGUCGGAUUUUUUUCAUGUAAGUCACGUGAUUCGUGACUGUGUAGGAUGAGGAGACGAUUAAAAAUUCCUAGUUUAAAGUCAGUUAACGCUGCUUAUUACUUUUAAGUUAGAUGUCUGUAAAGAAAGCUAACAAUAAAGUAGAAAAACCUUGUCAAAGGAAAAUGGUCCAAUAAGCCGACGAUUUCGCUUGGGUCAGGUCGAUUAGGAGCCGGCUUUCAACCCAAGUAAAUAUCUUUAAAGGAAACAAAUCCUUUGGCAUCAAAAUUGAACUUGCACGUUAUAUGACAGAGCAAACUGAUUCAUUGAUAUGACAUGUUGUUGUUACUAGCGUGGUGCGUUGUUUUUAAGCUUGAAUAUUCUGUCCAUUGCUCGAGAGGCUCAAGUAAACCUGACGCGCCUUCAAACAUGUCGUUGUUACUAGCGUGGUGCGUUGUUUUUAAGCUUCAAUAUUCUGUCCAUUACUCGAGAGGCUCAAGUGAGCCUGACUCGCCGAGAAACAGCGCCCAGGAAGCCUGAUCCUUUUAGAGAGCCUUCAAAAACAGUUCUGGCAUUAAAUAGCCGAAAAGAAUAGCAUAGUUUGUCCACUGCGGGGUUUAGUGCGCCAAUUGACCUGACUUACUAGGUAGCAAGGAUUUUGUGUAAAACAACAAUUCAAACUUCGAUUCAAACUUCGUCUUCUCUGUCUGUCUGAUGUUCCAGAUAUUUUGGCAGUAGGUUUUGUGACACGCCAGGGUAGAGGCGAGGUAGUUGGAUUGAAUCCUUAACUCCAUUAAAAUAAUAAAAACUUUCCCUUCCCUUGUCUCAUAGAAGUGGAGGGGCGAGGUUGCUUUAUCAUGAUAUUCUUAAGCUCCUUGGUAGCAGAUUAAACUUUUAUUUUACAAUAAGCUGAUCGCCUCAAUCAUGUCAGAAAUGUAUUUGUGAGGUAGACGGUCAGAGGCGAGGUAAAUAUACAAUGUCAACUUUGAUAGAAAAACAGUAAAAUAAAUGAAUUCUCAGAGUAGACCACGAAACAAUUGUCGUGUUCUUUUUAAAAUGACCACAAGACUUGUCCCUUUUUACCAUGUCGUGAAUGGACCGUUUUGUUCUGCCCUCGGUAAGAAAGAAAAUAAAAAUGUACCAGGUACUUAAGUUUUUCGUUUUCGUCUUAACAGAAGUUAAUCCUUUCACAGACAGGGUGAACGACUCGUCCGGUGGUUCUUAGUCUUGAGUCUUUUGACAAAAUUCUCCGUGCGACCAUUCAAAUGAAACCUCUUUGAAAGUUCUUUCACUUUGUUUUUCAGCAUUUCGCACGACGAAAUUAAAAAAAUUUGUUGAAUUUUGAUUUUGGUCACCUUUGGUAGUUAAAAGAUUAAAUGGUGAUUUUUUCGGAUCGUAGAAAAUAGCUGAGUAGGAAAACUUGUUGAGUGUUCAGCGAUAUUGUGUGAUCGAACUAGAAUAGUGUUAAAAUAGAAUGCUGGCUCAACUAAUCCUAGUCUCCAAGAAUUUCGCAUUCAAAAUUUCGACGCUGAUAACAAACAUAUGCC